UACUUGCAGUUGGUGGGGCCAUUUUCAGAUGUGACGGGACAGAACUAAGAAAAAACCUCAAGAGCCCGAAGACGUCUUGUUUGUCUGCUUUCUCCACCACGAAAGGUACUUUUCCCCAAAGAGCUGUAUUGUGUCGCGGGAACAUUCAGUAGAUAUGUGUUCAAGCACAAUUGCAAAGCGAUAGAAUUUGAGAUGAGAAAAUGAAUUAAUCCACUCAUCGGACCAAAUGCAGUGGAGAGGAAGUUUCCGUCGCCUCCCUUAGAAACCGCGAACGUCGAAGAACUAGUCUACACGGCGCUGAACUCCAUUUCACUUUCCCUCUUCUCUCCCUCAUUUAUGUGUGUCUAAAUCUAAUCUGAUUUUUGUCCAGUGUUUGUUGUCCUAUUGCCGAGAUCUUGCGUCGCGCCGCGCUACGUUUGAAUGGACAUGGAAAUUGGAAGUAUGCCACCGAAAAAUACAUUGCAGACGGCUGGCGGCAGACCGAAAAAAUCAUGGACCGAGUUGCAGACCGUGGUGACUGAGUUUCGCAAGCAGUUGGCCAAUCUCUCGAGCACUGUCCCGACCAAUAUCAAUUUUCGAACGUUAUCUGAUGGACGGGUUCGUAUUUACUUCUUGAGCACUCCCCCGAAUGGUUGGGAGACGACUUUACUGUACACGGACGUGAACCCCAAUUGGGAUCAGUCGCAGAGUCUGAGCCUGAACCUGCUGCUGGAGCCGUCGAUACCUAGCAUUUCGGCUAAUUCAACCUGUUCACGCGAGGUCCAACUCCUGUUGGAACGAAAACGGUUGGCUACUUGGGGCAUCACAUCCUAUGAAAUCCAUAAAUUGAGCGGGAAGAUUGUCUUCCCACUAUCCAGCACCCUGUACCAGUGCUUAGAUACCGGAUACAAUACGGGGCCACUGUUCCCAUCGCAGUUGCGCAUCUGUCCGCAAUGGGCAGCGAUAGAUCCACAGAUUUGCCCGCAGAAUUCAGAUCUGAUUGCCUACGUGAGCGGCGGCGAUAUCUGGGUGACGCACACUCUUAGCGGACACGAUGAGCGGUUGACGUAUGCGCACGACGGCCGCCGGUCGUUCGUGGAUGACCCACUGAGUGCUGGUGUUCCUUCGUAUGUGAUGCAAGAGGAGUUUAGUCGCUAUCGGGGCUACUGGUGGCAGCCCAAGCGAGAUGAUGGCAUCUAUCGAAUAGUCUAUGAAGAAGUAGAUGAAAGCGAUGUUUGCGUUUUCACAUUCCCUUCCUCGCAAGCAGCCACCGGUGACUACGAAGAAUACCGUUUCCCUCGGGCCGGCACAGCGAACGCAAAGUCGAAAUUGAAAUUAGUCCAGUUUACAUUAAACGAAUCCUUGCAAAUAACAGAUAUUUGCAUAAAAGAUCUGCCGUAUUCAUUGACUGUGGUGUUUCCAUGGUUGGAAUAUAUCGUUCGUGUAGGCUGGACCCCAAACUCACAAUACAUCUGGCUCCAAGCAAUGAACAGGCAACAGCAACGCUUAGAUUUAGUCCUAAUACCCUUAGAUAAUUUUUGUGAAGCAUACAGUAGUUCGGCAUCAUCGCCAACUGGUGACCACAGUUGGAAAUCUCCAAUAAGUAGAACAAUAAGCCCCUUACAAGUUAUUUACUCAGAAACAUCAACGUCGUGGAUCAAUGUUCACGAUCUAUUAAAUUUUAUCGAGAUAACGGACUCAACAGUGACAUUUAUUUGGGCUUCGGAAGAGACGGGAUUCCGUCAUUUGUAUCUUGUUACUUCUAGUCUGAAUGGUGCGACGAAUGGCUGCCGCGACACGCAUCUGAUGAAUCAAGACAUCGACUACAUCGAUGAGACCACGCUGAUACCGCGGAUUGUAAAUAAGGUGCCGUUGACGUGCGGAAAAUGGGAAGUUCUAGACUGCAAUAUUUGGGUGGAUCAUUCGCGACAAUUAGUUUAUUUCUUAGGCUUAAAAGAGACACCGUUAGAAAAACACUUAUACGUUGUUAGUCUGCAAGGGCCCGGUUAUGUUCGAUUAUUAACUGAGCCCGGCUACUCAUACUCAGUUGAAUUCAAUGAGGAAUGUAAUUUAAUGAUACAAAUUUACUGUAGCAUUAAUCGUCUUCCGUCGUGUAAAGUUUUGAAAUUAACGCAAACAUGUCAGAGUGGCGGCGUGGCUGGUCUGCAGUUGACAUUGAUGGGCUUUCUAUCGGAAGGCGGACAACCUGAAAAGCAAUACUGCCCAUCGAUAUACAAUCCACAGAUAAGCAGCGGUGACGUGCUGUAUGCGAUGGUUUUCAAACCGCACAAUUUUACGUUAGGAGUGAAGUAUCCCACGGUGCUGAAUGUUUACGGUGGACCAGAGGUGCAGACUGUUAAUAAUACUUUUAAAGGAAUGCGUCAGCUUCGAAUGCAUAUGCUUGCCGCACAAGGCUACUGUGUGAUAUGUGUUGAUUCGCGCGGAUCUAGACAUCGUGGAACAAAAUUUGAGAAUCAUUUAAGAUGUCGUAUGGGUCAAGUAGAAUUAUCGGAUCAAGUUGAGGUGCUUAAAAUUUUAGCUGAGCAAUUAGGUUAUAUUGAUAUGGAUCGUGUAGCAAUACAUGGAUGGUCUUAUGGCGGAUACUUAAGUUUAAUGGGAUUAAUCCAACAUCCGAAUAUAUUUAAAGUUGCAAUAGCUGGUGCACCAGUGACAAAUUGGGAAUAUUAUGAUACGGGCUAUACGGAGAGAUAUAUGGAUUUGCCGGAGAAUAAUAAACGUGGCUAUUCGGCAGGGAAUGUUCUUACGUAUAUUGAGAAGUUUCCUAAUGACGAUAAUCGUUUACUCAUCAUUCACGGUUUAAUUGACGAAAACGUGCAUUUCUAUCAUACAUCGCAACUAAUUAACUCGUUAGUUAAAGCGAACAAACCGUAUCAACUUCAAAUCUAUCCCAACGAACGUCACUCAUUAAGAAAUUUGGAUGCUAGCCGACAUUAUGAAACGAAACUUCUUUCAUUUUUACAAAAUAAUUUAUGAGUUUAAUAUAUUUAUUUUAGACCAGAAUAGUAACGAACAAGUUAAAUUCAAAUAAUAUCAAAAUCAAUAACUCAAUAUUCGGAAGAAAACAUAAUAAAGCUAAUUUUUAUUAUAAAUUUUUGAGGAGAAAGUCUUAAUACCGCGAUGAUCAGUUUUCAGAAAAAUACACCCAGACAAACUAAGGCUUUAAUUGAAUAUUGUUAUAAUUUCACUACCCCCACUUUGUUAGUUUUGAAAUAAAAAAUACAGCCAUAGGAACAAUGCAUGCUCGCAGUUUUUCCUAUGAAAACGUUGUCUAUUUACUAAGGAUUUAAGAUAUCAUUAUUUCUCUGUGACGAUACAGUGCUUAGUUCCCAACUUGCAAAAUAAUUUUUCUAUAUUUUAUCUAACGAUCUUUUUCCAAUAUCCAUCAUGUAUCAAAACCGUUUGGACAAAACAUAAGAAUUGUAUAUGAAGAUCGGACGUUUUUCACGGAUUGAAAACACACAAAAAAAGAUAAUUUUAAAUUUUCAUUUAUCAUGCUCUCAAUUUGAAUAAGGUUGUACUUAGCUUUCUCUAAAACUCUUUGCAAUACACGCGCGAUUUAUUUGCUAAAUCUUUACAUUUUCUGAAUAAAUCAAAUUCGAAUUAAAAUCUAGAAAUGCAUAUUAGGAUUAUUGUUCUAUUUUUCUACAUUGAAAACUGUAAAUUAUCCGAGAUCAUAUUGCGAACAAGAAAAAAAAACAAAACAAAUGAAAUUAUUUAUUGAAUGAUCAAUUAUCAAUGUAACGAUAAAAUAAUGUAUGCCAUACAAGCUAAAACUAGAGAAUUAAAUCAUGUAGACAUUAUGAUUGAAAGUGUACACACGAAAUUGAUAAUGAAAGAAAUAACGGAGAGUUUGGUUAAGAUGAAUUUAUUAUCAAACUGACUAACUACUUUUAGAUAGCUAAUACAAAAUGCAGUGAAUGGUUUUCA